UGGAUUCUUGGGUUACCAGAUACAGAAUUCAGAGAACUUUGCUUUUUCCAAUCCUGCUCCUUCUUUGGAAUAAGAGAGUUUCCCAGACGCAGCUUUGUCUUAAUUAUGUGGUUAUGAGUUGAUUGACUAAAAGUCAUUUGGUUGAGCUUCUUCAAAUCGAGAUGAUGGAAAAUUCUGAGGAAAACAAGCUCUUACCAGAUGUAAAUGUGGCAUCGUGUGAUCAGUCUAUGACAUCAGCUGAGAUACACUGGAGUAGCCAUUCUGAAUACAUACCACAAAGUCAAAGCAGCAUUAUAAUAGAGGAGGACAAAAGUCAUCAAAAAGUAGGAAAUUGUUCAAGUUUGAUGCAUCUGUUGAAAGGCAACAUAGGAACAGGUAUAUUAGCCAUGCCAUCUGCAAUCAAAAAUGCUGGAUUAUGGGUUGGAACCAUUGGUAUAUUGGCCAUUGGAGGAAUUGCUAUAUACUGUAUGCAUAUGCUCCUUAAUUGUUGUAACAUUCUAUGCAAAAGAGUUAAUAAACCUACCUUAGAUUAUGCAAGUAUACUUGAAACAGCUCUACAAACUGGACCAGAAAGACUACGACGGUGGUCAAGUGUAGGAAGAAUGGUGGUCAUUAUUUUUUUAGUGAUGACACAGAUAGGAUUUUGUUGUGUUUAUCUUGUAUUUAUAGCACAGAAUGUUAAACAGGUGAUAGAUUCUUUCCAUAAAGGUGGUCCACCUGUGUUUGUAUAUAUAGUUGUUACCACUGCACUAAUUAUACCAUAUACAUUUGUACGAGAUCUGAAGCACCUGGCGCCAUUUUCUACAUUUGCCAAUUUACUCAACUUUGUUGGUCUCAUCAUCAUAUUUCAAGACUUAUUUCAAGGACUACCUAAUCCAAGCAAAAGACCAGCAUACAAACCUAUAGAUAAUCUGCCUUUGUAUUUUGGGACAGCUAUUUAUGCAUUUGAAGGAAUUGGUCUGGUUAUGCCAAUACAAAAUAAAAUGAGAUACCCACAUGACUUUGGAGGUCAUUCAGGAGUAUUAAACCUAGGAAUGGUUAUAGUCACAUGUCUGUAUACAGCUACAGGUUUCUAUGGUUACCUAAAGUUUGGUGAUGGUUCAUUAGGAAGUGUCACUCUCAAUCUUCCUGCCAAAAAUUGGUUAUAUAUAUCAGUAAACCUGUUAUUUGCCCUGUCUAUGUUUAUAACCUAUGGAUUACAGUUUUAUGUACCUAUAAAAAUCACUUGGCCUUGGAUUUCUAGUAAAAUUACAUCCAGAAGAUGGCAGAAUUGUUCAGAAUAUAUAUACAGAACUAUAUUAGUAUUACUCACAUUUGGAAUAGCAUCAGCAGUGCCACAUUUAGAACUUCUGAUAUCUCUGAUCGGUGCUUUUGCCAGUUGUGCUCUUGCACUUAUGUUACCACCUAUAAUUGAACUUUUGACCUUGUCAGUUGAAGACGGGCAACUACGGUGGUGGACAGUUAUAAAAGACAUUAUAAUUAUAGUUUUUGGUUUAUUAGGAUUUGCUACUGGAACUUUUUCAGCUUUAAAAGCAAUAAUUGAAAAAUUUUAACUACAAUGUUAGGAGUAUAUUAGUGAAAGAGAUGAAAGGCAAUAUUUUGUUCUAAACAUUCCUGAUAAAGAUAUUUGUUUGGCUCAGGUGCAGUAGGAAAUUUUCAUGCAUAAUGUAAUAUAAUUCAUUCAUUAUUACAUUUUAUAUUGCUUGUAUUUUGCCAUGUGCAUCUCUAUUCUUCAUAAUAUGCAUUAAGUUAUUUUUGUAAAAAAAAAAAAAAAAAAACGUAAACCCCGAUUCUCAUGGUUUGUAGAAAUAUCAUUUGCUCAAUGUUUUUGAUUUCCUGAUUUUAUUGUUGCCACUUGAGGUAUCAGAGUAAAGAAAACAUGAAUUUUGUUGGGUAGUCAUCUUUUAGAUUAAUAAUGAAAUCUACCUGAUGAAUGAGAGUACUUUUACAGUGUUGUAUUUUAAGACACUUUGAGGUUAUUUUUUUUAUUCAUAUAAACUUAUGGAGAACCUAUCUUGUAUUGAUCCACUAGACUACAACUUACAAACUUAACAACUUUUCAUGAGUAAAAAAAAAUAAAAGCUGUAUUUCAAUAAUGAGGAGACUUGUUAUUGUUUAAUUCAUUUGUGAAAUGACAAAAACAAACUAUUAAAUAAAAAAAUAUCAUGUAUGAUUAAAGAGUAGUUCCCAAAAAUAUGUUUCAAAACAACCAGAAAAAUAUUUUGAAUAAAGAAAUGAAAUUAGUUUAAAAUUGAAGAAUGAAAUGAUUACAUGAAAUGCUAUGGUUUCACUUGAAGUAUAUUGUAUUUUUAUUUUGAAAUUGAAUAAUGACUGUUUAUUUAAUUGCUCAUCUUUCUGGACUCAAUCUUCAUUAGAACACUGUGUAUUGCUCAACUUUGUUGAUGUUACACAUGUAUAUAAUACAAUUUAGCUCAUCCCUGAUUUUUCAUUUUUUAUGCCCCACCUAGGGGCAUUAUGUUUUUGGUCAAGGUAGUUUUUGGUGAAGUUGAAGUCCAAUCAACUUGAAACUUAGAACACAUGUUUCCUAUGAUAUGAUCUUUCUAAUUUUAAUGCCAAAUUAGAGUUUUGACCCCAAUUUCACGGUCCACUGAACAUAGAAAAUGAUAGUACAAGUGGGGCAUCCAUGUCCUAUGGACACAUUCUUGUUAUUGGGUAUUUUUCCUGCACACCAACAGAUUCAGUCAAAUCAAUUUUUAAGCAAGAAGUGUGUAGCCCAAAAAGAAAAUAUAUUAGAAGAUUAAAAAUUUGAAUACUAAUAUCAGACAGACUUGGUAUGUGAUCAUCUGAGGAAUGCUAUUUGAUGUAUAUAAAUUUUUGUUUUUCAACUUCAAAUUUGAUCAGUUUUUCUAUAGAUUGUCAAUAUUCAUUGAUAAAAUAUUUUCUGUAAUUUCAAUAUUUCUAAAGGGCCAUAUGAUAUAUUCAUAUAUAAUAUGGAAGGCAUUUAUAUUUUAAGUGUGUUUUGUCUUCAGGUAUUAUUUUAUUGUUCUGGGUUUGAUUAAAAAAAUUAUGAAUUUUCAAUCGUGCCAAAUAGAUCUGUUGUAUUAUUUCUUGCUAUAUUUUUAAUGUAUAAAUUGUAAAUGUACAGUUUAUUUUUGGUGGGUGGGGAGGGGGGUUUUCUGUCAAUAAACAAAUAAGUUGAAGUGGUGUACAAAGUGAAAUAUGAAAAUGAUCCAAUUACAAAUGAUAAACUAUAGAAAUGCAAUUGUAAAGUUGUAAUUUAAAAAUAAUUUUUGACAAGUGUAGGAUAAUUUAAAGUUUGAAAUGAAGUAGUUAAAGUGGCAUUUUUAACUGCAAUACAUUGAAAUUUUAACUUUUUCUUGUAUCUUUUGUAUAAUAGUAAAAACUUCUAUUUGAAACACUCAUUUUCUGAAUCUCACUUGCAUGUGUAUACCAUUCGAAAUGGUAUAAUAAUAUUUAUAUUUCACACCAUGUUAUUAUAUAUAUUCAUCGCUUGAAAAAAAUGGUCUUAAAUAUAAAUUUUGACUUGGAUGGAGAGUUGUCUCAUUGGCACUCAUACCGCAUCUUCUUAUAUCUAUUAAAGAUCACAUAAACUUAUUGAAUAAUACUUUCAUAGAUCUCUUUUAAUGUAAUAAUGUAUGUCUUGCCUUUAUGAAUAAAAAUAAGACAAAAAAAUAUAUCUAUCAUUACCAGUCUAACCCUUAGAUAUGAUGCUGUUAUAUUUUUGAAUUUACAGCAAAAUGAAGAAUAUUGAUUUAUACUGAAGAUUGAAUUUUUGUGUUAAAAAAAGAAUACACUUAUCAAUUAAUUCUUUCAAAUGUAGACUGGAAAUGACUGGCAAUCAAUGAGUACAAAUAAUACAUACCAGACACAGAUUCAGCCCCCCCCCCCCCCCCCACCCCCAAAAAGUGAAAAAUAAGUAAUAAAGGUAAACUAACAGUCAAUUUUGUUUCAAAAUAAGGUCAUCUCAUUCCUAAUUUUCAGAAGCAACCCUCCUAACAUCAAAUCCUGGAUCCACACCUGCAUACAUCAGAAUAGGAAUAUUUUCAUAGAUUAAACAUAAACAUAGGGUCGAAAAAGCUAGAGUUCAAUUUGUAAGUUAGAUUGUUUAAGUAUUUUGUGUUUCUAAAGAAUAUGAUAAGUAAAAUGUGCAAUAGUAUUUGUGUUAUGUAUAUUUGUAUUGAAUAUACUGCAUGUAUACAAUUUUUGUGAUAUUUCUAUAUAAUACAACACACAAUUUAAAGUGUUAUAUAUAAACUUUCCUGUUUCUGCUUUUUGCAAUGACUGAAAAAACAUAAAAGUCUAGUGCAAAUCUGCUUUGGAUAGCAGAGGAAUCUCAAUUAAAUGUAAAAUAAAUUUUGUCUUGUUGAAAACCAAAUGGUGUCCUAAAUUUAAAAAAUUAAUUGUAAAAUAGCUUAUUUGGCCUUUUUAACUUUUUUUGAUUCGAGCGUCACUGAUGAGUCUUUUGUAGAAGAAACGUGCUUCUGGCACAAAUACAAAAUUUCAAUCCUGGUAUCUAUGAUGAGUUUAUUUACAACCACUGGGUCGAUGCCACUGCUGGUGGAGUUUUUAUUCUCCGAGGGUAUCACCAGCCCAGUAGUCAGCACUUCUGUGUUGACAUGAAUUAUCAUUGAUAUGGUCAUAAUUAUAAAUUAACUGUUUACAAAACAUUACAUUUUUGAAAUACUAAGGCUUUUCUACCUCAGGAAUAGAAUACCUUAGCUGUAUUUGGCAAAACUUUUAGGAAUUUGUGGAUCUCAAUGCUCUUCAAUUUUGUACUUUAUUUGGCCUUUUGAACUUUUUUUGAUUCAGGCGUCACUGAUGAGUCUUUUGUAGACGAAACAAGCGUCUGGCACAAAUACAAAAUUUCAAUCCUGGUAUCUAUGAUGAGUUUAUAUAUGAUGAUUUCUGACUAAAGUAAGCCAUUGAAUUUAGAAAUUAAACAGUCUGAAUCUGAUGUUCAGUAGUUGUCGUUUGUUGAUGUGGUUCAUAAGUGUUUCUCGUUUCUUGUUUUUUAUAUAGAUUAGACCGUUGGUUUUCCCAUUUGAAGGGUUUUACACUAGUAAUUUUUGGGGCCCUUUAUAGCUUGCUGUUCGGUGUGAGCCAAGGCUCCGUGUUGAAGACCGUACUUUGACCUAUAAUGGUUUACUUUUAUAAAUUUUGACUUGGAUGGAGAGUUGUCUCAUUGGCACUCAUACCACAUCUUCUUAUAUCUAUCUAUGACCUUUAUUUAAAAUCUUGACUGCAACUAGUUGUACUAUUCGGUUAAAUAAUAUUGGCAUUUAGAUUUCUGCACCAUUUAUAAUAUAUAAACAUAAUAUGAUUUAAUGAAAAAAAUAUUUUAUAUAUAUAUGCUUGUUUGAAGGUUGUCUGUGAUAGUGUUAUCAUAAUUGUUAUAAUUGGUGCUUAAUCUUAUAUUUCUUGUAUUCAUUUUAUUGUUAGUAAUGUAGCAAUUGUCUCAAAAGAAUUUUUGAACUUGUUCAUAAAGAAAGGAAAUGAGGCAGUUGUCCAUUUAAGGAAGAUCAGGGUCUAAAUAAAGAAGGAUAGCAUGUUCUAAUAGAAUUUUAUUUUUAUUUUAGGACACUUUGCUGAAAGGUUGUUUAUAACGUUUUUUUUCAGAAAUAUAAGAAAAAGUAUGGGUCACAAAUCUAUUUUACAAGCUACAUAUUGCACAAAAUUGACAGAUUUUGUAGAUUAUACAUGGACAAACUUUUUUUAGGGAAUAGAAAAAAACCUAAACGAUAGAAUUUUAAAAUCAAAUAUGAGAAGAUUGCUCUUAUAAUGUGCUUUCAGGAAAUAAAAAGGAAAUUUUGGUCACUGUACAUAUUUUCUUGCAACAGAACAAAAAAGGUAAAUUCCUUGAACACUUUUUUUUGUUACUGAAUUAUCUUGAGUAAUUUCCCCUUAUAUUGUAAAAUUACAUAAAUAGAAUUAAAAAAAAAUGUUCAGUGUGUAGGUGAUAAUACAAUAAAUGUCAUAAUUUUCUUUUUCUUCAAAUAAAAAGGGUUACAAUUGAUAUGCAUUCCUGCCUCAAAAUUUGCCAAUUUGAUUAAUUUAAAAGAUCUCUACCAUUUGUGUUAUGCUUUUUUACAAUCCAAGAUGGAGGAAGGCACCUGAUCUACCUUAAUAUGUUUAAAUUUUAUAAAGAUUAUUCAUUGUAUAUUCUGAUAUUAUAGUGUUCAGUAUACACUUAUUUCUGGUCAUAAUGUCAAAUUUGUUAUUCUGUUCUUGUGCAUGUUUUCUUUCCCUUCUAUGGUUUUAUCUUUGAUUGUAGGAGAGAUUAUGUUUUCAAGACUGUGUUUCAGUCUGUCCGUCCAUUAGACGUCUGCUUGUCCAUUCCAUAUCAGGAUGAAGUUUUGGUUUAAAGCAGUUUAUCACAAAGUUGUUGUCGCAUCAACAUUUAAUCUUACACAUAUUCAUUAUGAUGAAAGCAUAUGCAAAAUUAGAUAUUUUGAUCCAGAUUUUGUGGUUCACUGAACAUGGAAAUAUGAUGAUGAAAAUUGGGCAUGGUUUCCCAAAGACACACAUUCUAGUUUGUUUAUGUCAUUGUGUGUUUAUUUCUUAUAUUUCAAAGAAAUGGAAUUAAAUGCUAGAACAGACUCAGAGCUAGAUUCCAAUAGGACUGAAUUUUGGUCUAAGAUUUAUCUAUAUUUCUAUAUCAUUGGACAUAUAGUUAUGACUUUUUCUAUUAUUUUAAGCAAGUAAAGAAAUAUAAUACAAAUCUACAGUAUUAAUUAUCAAAAUUUUACAAAUAGAAAUAUGUGUAAAAAGACUCUAAAUAUAAAUAGCCUCUACACAUCUUGUUUUAUCGUAUAACCAUGGGUUCAUUAUUUUUUUUAUUGCUUAAAUAUCAUUAUAAUAUUCAUUCUUGUUCCAUUCUUUUCUACGAAACUGUUAUGUAUGCAUGUUUUACUAUAUUAUUAUUAGUUGAAUAAAAUAUAUCUAUUUCUUAUAAGGAUUUAUUUCAUUACCAAUGUCAGUUUUUUUUUAAAGCACCUGCUCUGUCCAAAUUGAAAGAGGUACUCUGCAAAAAAUAUGUCUGUGUCUGAUAAUGUACAUGUCUUCUUAAACACAAAUUAAACCAACUCAUAGAUA